GUGUGCACUAAACACAACCCUACUGUAUAUUGUUGUCGAAAGAUAUUCAUUUUGAAAUUUCGCGAAUUAUUUUUGGAACAAGCGUAAAACUUACUUAUUGUCAAGCAAAAUUAUUUAAAAUAAAGGCAAAAAUGUCUUGGGGAGGGCAGCAAAACCAGUAUGGUGGAUAUGGGACGCCGCAAGGCUACCAGCCAGGAGCUCCCCCAGCAAGCCAGGUCUAUGGGCAGGGGCAGGUCCAGGGCCAGACACAGGGGUAUGGAGCCCCUGCAGGAUAUGGGCAGUCUGGGGCACCACAACAGCAGGUUUACAGACCACAAGGUCCAGCAGGUCAGUUUGGUCAGCCUCCGCAAGGACAGUAUGGUUCACCUUCUGUAGGACAGUAUGGUCAGCCUGGACAAUAUGGUCAGCAAGGGCAAUACGGUCAACCAGGACAGUACCGGGCACCCCAAGGAUAUGGGGGAUUCCAGCAGCAGGGCAUGGCUGGCUACGGGGGACAGGCACAACCACCUCCUGGGGUCAACCCAGAAGUCUGGACAUGGUUUCAGUCAGUUGAUGGAGACAGAAAUGGAAAGAUAACGUCUGAAGAGCUUCGUCUGGCACUGCACAAUGGCAACUGGUCUCCCUUCAAUUCGGAGACCUGCCGGCUCAUGGUUGGCAUGUUUGACAAGGACAGAAGUGGCACUAUAGACGUACAGGAGUUUGCAGCUCUAUGGAAGUAUGUUCAGGACUGGAAGUCAUGCUUCGACAGGUUUGACACAGACAGAUCUGGUAACAUAGAUUCCAGAGAACUUACAACAGCGUUCCAAAGUUUUGGUUACAACUUGUCCCCUCAGUUCUGUGACCUGGUGGUGAGGGUGUUUGAUCGUCGCGGGACACGCCACAUCCAGUUUGACGACUUCAUUCAAGCCUGCGUGCUGCUCAAAACUCUGACUGACAAAUUCAGAGCUAAAGAUAACCAGAUGAAUGGAACAAUAAGGAUCAGUUAUGAAGAGUUCUUGGACAUGGCUCUUGACAUUAAAGUCUGAGGGAAAGACCUGAGAAAUACAACAAGGGUUUAUUGUUCAGUGAAAGAACUAAUACACUGUUGUAAGAGAAGUAAGAACAGUUAACGGCUGAAUGCAUAUUUGAAUAGAUCUAGAAUAAAGAGCCUUUCUCCUAGUAUGGCCAAAUACUGUUUUACAUUUUCUAUAAAUAUCAUUGAAAGAUAAGUAAUUCAUCAUGUAUUUAUGAUGAUCAACAAUAAAAUAUGAAUCUGGCAGUUAUAUAAAUAUAUAUUUGUGUAUUGGAGGGUAUGGAAAGGACUUUGCAUGGAUAAAUAAUUUACAAGUGUAUAGAAUAAUAAUUAUAUAGAAUGUGAGGCUAGCCAUCCUUUUAUGUUAAUACGGCACAUUUUCUGAUCAUGUAACACACAUUUGUACACGCAUUUAUUUUUUAAAGAAUAACAUGUUAAAUUAAGAAUAUCAUGUUAAAUUGUUAACCCAAUGUUAAAUAAUAUUUUCUUAUGGUAUAAUUUUAAAAUAACAUUUUUAUUUUAUUGAAGUAUUUGUACUUCAGAUAAUUUUGAAGAAGUUAUUUGACACCCUUACCUCAUUUUGACCAUGACGAUGACCUACUUUCAGACUUAGACUUAUUCAGAUGGCAUAAAUUCUUGGUUUACCUACAAUGAUGCAUUUCAUAUAUUAUCAAUCAUUCUUCCUAAAAAGCACUGAUAGGCUUAAAAAGCACUAGGGUGGCUGAUGUCUGUGAACACUAUCAACACAUCCAACUAGGGUGGCUGAUGUCUGUCUAUCAACACAUCCACAUCACCUGCCUAGCACUAGGGUGGCUGAUGUCUGUGAACACUAUCAACACAUCCACAUCACCUGCCUUAAUUGUGAUCUAGACAUUCACCUUCUUUUAUACGAAGUCAGGUCGAAAUUCUUUUUUUUUUACCAAGACUUGUUCAGAUUGUCCAAUGAAUCAUUACUAACAAGGUUUUCACCAUGGACAUCUGUGUUUAUUGAACGCAGUAUUUAGUGUUUUUUUCUGUUCUUGACUUUCCUGUAAAAGUGUUCCAGUAUGUGCUAUUUCAUUUGGUGUUUUAUGUUUAUUAACAUUAUUACAUGCUCAUGUUGGUAUUAAAGUUUAUAACAUCACAUUAUGUGAGCUGUUUCAACUUACACUGACAGUAACUUUGUAAGUAUUUUUAUACUCUGUUUUGUUUUAAUUUUUAUACAUUUCAAGGCCCCCCUCCUACAUGUAUUUUCCAUUUUGUCUAAUUAUAAAAGUAAUAAAGGGCACUUUUUUCUGAUGAAAUGUUAUGGGCUCAACUGCUCUUCAUUGGUGGGUCAAUCACACUGGAACCAUCAUAAUGUGUAGAUUAUCAUAAGGAAACAUUUUGUUUUCUAUAUUAAAUGUUGACAUUUCUAAAUUAUAUAUAUUCCAAUUAACAUAGCUCAUGGAAAUAAAAUUGUGACCUCCGAAAUGUUUGUAAUUCUAUUAUUAGUUUACAUUUAAUGUGCAUAUACUGAAUUAAAAACAAGCUUACAAUAACGAGUCUUAGUGACAUGUGCUGUGCAAAUAUUUGCGAUGGGUAUCCCUUGUCUGUUACAUAUCUAGCUAAGCAAAUGUUGUUGUAAGAUUACUGAUAGCACAUGUGUGUAGAUGGAGUUGCUCUGUCAUUCAUAUGGAGCCGAGUAUGAUCGCUUCACUUACCAUUGAGUAUGCGAGUACUUUUAUCAUACAGGUGAAAACAUUUACGUAUAUACUUCCUUAAUCUUAAUUGUGCCAUCUUAAUUAGAGAUAAAGGGAAUCUUAUUGUACCAAUGGGAGUUUUCUAUGAUUAUGUUAAAAUGUAUGUACAUGUGUAUCCAUGAACUUUCUUAAUUAUACAUGUAUUUGUAAACGGCAUCAUUUGACUUUUUGUUUCAAACUAACUCUGCAUUAUAUACUUAAUGGACGUAAUUAAAGAAUCCAAAUGAA